CGUAAGACGUUUUUUUUUAGUAAAUGGUGUUUUUUUAAUUAACGUUUUAUAAAUUAUACACUUUUAUAAAUUAGUUAUAAAUAAAAAAGCGUAUUAAAUGGCUAGUCCAAGAACAAGAAGAGUUCUAAGAGAUUUGAAGUUUAAAGACGGAAAUAAUGCCUGUUUUGAAUGUAAUAGUCACAAUCCACAAUGGGUCAGUGUAUCAUAUGGUAUAUGGAUCUGCUUAGACUGCUCUGGUAAACAUAGAGGUUUAGGAGUUCAUCUAAGUUUUGUGAGAUCAGUCACAAUGGACAAAUGGAAAGAUAUUGAGUUAGAGAAAAUGAAGGUUGGAGGAAAUGCUAAAGCUAAAGAGUUCUUUCAAAGUCAAUCAGAUUAUAAAGAUGGAAUGUCAUUGACAGAAAAAUACAACAGUCGUGCUGCAGCUCUUUAUAGAGAUAAAAUAAUAACAGAAGCAGAAGGAAAUACAUGGUCUGAGGCAACAUCCAAUGCUCGAAACUAUAAGCCACCUAGUGCUCCAACUAACAAUGGUUUAUUAAAAGGCAGCAAUUCGCUAGGAAGUAAAUCAGCUCCAACUAUAAGCAGUAUGGAUGAUUUAGAAACAUUCCUCGGAAAAUCAAAAGCAGAAAUAUCUAAAGACAAAGAUGAUUACUUUAAGAAAAAACAACAAGAAAACGACUCCAAAUCAGAGAAUUUGCCUCCAAGUCAAGGAGGAAAAUACAUUGGAUUUGGAAGUAGUCCAGCACCAUCUUCUAAAUCUGAAGCAGGUUGGGAUGCUACUUUGGCAACAUUGCAAUCUGGUUUGAGUUCAUUUACUGUCACUGCACAACAGAUGGCUUCUGUUGCGUCAGCAAAGGCUAUCAAACUUGGCUCAAAAGUCAAUGAAAAUUAUAUUAAGCCUGCAUCACAUAAGGCUCAAGAGCUCACUUUAAAUGUUACAGCCAAGGCUAGUGAUGGACGUUUGGUUCAAGACGUUUCCGGGACAUUGCAGAGCGUUGCAGGAAAAGCACAAGAAUAUGGACUUAAAGGUUGGUAUAAUCUGCAAUCUUAUAUAGGUUACAAUAACUCUGCUAUCACAAAUCAGGGAGAGAAAACAUUUAUUAACUCUGCAAAGUCUCUAACUAAGCAAGAACAUAAUGUUGGGUUUUAUGGUGGAGAUUCGACAAAUAAUGGUGUUAAUCCGUUUCAAGAUGUAGUUUUAAAAAAACAAGAUUUAACUCAUUCGAGUGAAGAUAGUGGAUGGGAUUCUGCCGAGUGGGGAUCAUCAAAUGAUUGGGAUGACGACUCUAAUCCUAAAACUAAUAUUACGUCUGAAAAACACAAUAAAAAUAAUGGAACAAAGAAGCUUAUCAAACGAGACAGUUGGGGAAAUGAUCCCGAUGAGUGGGAAAAUUGGCUAAACGACGACACAAAUCAAAAAUAAUAUCAAAUAUAAAAGAAAAAAUUAUUUUUAAUUCAAAUGUAUUUUUAUAGGAUGCUUAAAUUUUUAGAAGAUGAAAAACUUUUUUAGUUGACAACUGAACAUUUCUUUCGUACUAAAACAUUUUUUGUCAACAAAUAGGGCUUAUUUUUUUAAAUAAUUUUAGUUCGAUUAUUUAAAUUAUUCUUAGAGAAGUUAUAUUAUAAAUUUCUUCAAUUUUUUGCAUAUAUUGUUUGACAAAUAUAUUUAUUAUAUAGUUUUUAAACUUAUAUCGAUGUUUUCUCCUUAUGGAUUUGUAGGUUCUAAGCCUUUAUUUUUUUAUUUGCUUAAUGCUAUUUGUUAUUCUAGAUUCUUUAAUAAUCGUUCUAAUCUAAUUUAAACAAGCA